CUGCCAGGCCGACCUCUCCAACUAUAACAAAAACAGAACCUUCUUCCGCCAUAAUCAUUGCCUCUGCUGGCCUUAAUUCAGCUGACAGCUUAGCUCCAACAAUCCUCCCAUUGCUAUAAUCCACAACUUUUCCUCAUCAAUUCCAUUUUCCCCUUUCUGGAUUGAAAGCAAACCAUGAGCUUAGCUGCCCCUUCUGCUUCACCUUCGGUGAAGCCUUCCAGAGGGAAACUGCCCUACUCCGUCAUCUUUAUAGUCCUCUGCAGCUUUGCCUUUGUUGCCCUUUUGUAUGCGGACUCUUCUUGGGCCUUCUUCAAGGUCAAGUCCUGUUCUAGGAAAAACGGCGGUGCUAGAAAAUCAAAACAUCGGAAUUCGGAUCACGAUGAGGCGAGAAACUCUGUGAUCGACGAUCGGUUCGAGUUCGACCCUGAAGAAUGCAGCGUUAACACGGGGAAAUGGGUGUUUAACAAGACAAUCAAGCCUCUCUACACUGAUAGAAGCUGCCCGUACCUUGACAGGCAAGUUUCCUGCGUGAAGAACGGUCGCCCGGAUUCUGAUUAUCGACACUGGGAGUGGCAGCCCGAAGAUUGUUCCCUGCCAAGAUUUGAUGCAGAGGUUGCGCUGAAGAAACUGAGAGGUAAAAGGCUGAUGUUCGUGGGUGACUCUUUGCAGAGAGGGCAAUGGCAAUCAUUCGUGUGUUUGGUUGAAUGGAUCAUUCCUCAAGAUAAGAAGUCGCUGAAAAGAGGAGACUUUCAUACAGUCUUCACUGCCAAGGAAUAUGAUGCGACGAUUGAAUUCUAUUGGGCUCCGUUUCUGGUAGAGUCGAACACAGACAGACCAAUCAUAGGGGAUCCAAAGAAGAGGAUAAUAAAAGUGGAUUCAGUGGCUAAACAUGCCAAGAACUGGAUAGGCGUUGACAUUCUCGUCUUCAAUAGCUAUGUUUGGUGGAUGAGUGGUCUCACUCUCAAAACCCUUUGGGGUUCAUUUGCAAAUGGGGCAGAAGGGUAUGAAGUGUUGGACACCCCAGUUGCUUACAAAGUAGGAUUGAGGACUUGGGCCAAUUGGGUUGAUUCGAACGUUAAUCCCAACAACACUCGAGUCUUCUUCACUACCAUGUCCCCUACCCACACAAGGAGUGCAGAUUGGGGCAAGUCGAAUGGGACGAAAUGCUUCAACGAGACGAGGCCUGUGAUGAAGAGGCAUUUCUGGAGCACUGGCUCUAAUAAGCAGAUGAUGAGCAUGGUUAAUGCUGUGACGGGAAGGAUGCAAGUUCCAAUAACUUUUCUCAACAUAACACAGCUCUCGGACUACAGAAUUGAUGCUCACAGCUCGAUUUAUACGGAGACCGGAGGGAGGUUGCUAACCGAAGAAGAGAGAGCCGACCCAGUGCAUAAUGCAGAUUGCAUUCACUGGUGUCUUCCUGGUGUACCUGAUACCUGGAAUCAAAUAUUUCUAGCACAUUUGUAGAUCACAUGACCAAAAAAAUGGUGUCGUGGAGUAAAAGGAAAACAAAAAAGAAAUUGGGAAACCAUCAUUGUAUUUCUGGUACAAUUGCACACAUAGAUUCUUCUAUUCAUGAACACAAUUUUUCUUUCCUAUAAAUGGCAACAAUUAUAGGAAGGGAAAAUAAUCACAAGCAUUGGUACUCGCCAGAAUUCCAGCUAAUCAAGGCCAACUAUUCAAAUUAAUGGA